AUGACGUCCACACCAUCUAUCAAGGGCCGUUUGGCCAAGGCCGUAGGCUACGAUUCCGAUGGUCGAGACGAUGAUGUCCCUUCAAUAUCGAAUGCGGACCUCUUUAUUGAGGAAGAACCCACCAUCGGAGAAUUCCUCGCUGAAAUCACGCCCUCGCUCCAAAAUGUCAUCAAUUAUUUCGUUAACCUGUUUCCCUUUGUCCGCUGGAUCGGCAAAUACAACCUGACUUGGCUGAUUGGCGACCUCGUUGCAGGCAUUACCGUCGGCGCUGUCGUCGUCCCCCAGGGAAUGGCAUAUGCCCAGUUGGCUCAGCUUGAUGUCGAAUAUGGACUGUACACGUCCUUUAUGGGAGUUUUGAUCUAUUGGUUUUUUGCUACUUCAAAAGACAUUACCAUCGGUCCUGUUGCCGUCAUGUCUCAGGUUACAGGAAACAUUGUCCUCAAAGCCAAAGAUGAACUCCCCAAUGUUCCCGGUCACGUUGUGGCAUCUGCCCUUGCCAUCAUCACUGGCGCCAUCAUUCUUUUUCUCGGACUCGCUCGCCUCGGCUGGCUUGUCGAGUUCAUCUCGCUCCCGGCCAUUUGCGCCUUCAUGACGGGAUCUGCCGUCAACAUCAUCUCUGGACAGGUGCCCAAGCUGAUGGGCAUCAGCGGAAUCAAUACGAGAGAUGCGCCAUACUUGGUCAUUAUCAACACUUUGAAGGGCCUGCCGAAUACCAAGCUGGACGCUGCGCUCGGUUUGACGGCUCUGUUGAUGUUGUAUCUGAUCCGAGGAGUUUGUUCCUUCAUGUCCAAGAAGCAGCCCCAUCGUGCCAAGAUGUACUUUUUCCUCUCGACUCUUCGUACGGUUUUUGUCAUUCUGCUGUACACGGCCAUCAGUGCCGGUGUCAACGUCAGCCACAAGAAGAAGCCGAGUUUCAGCCUAAUCAAGGAUGUACCUCGAGGCUUCCAACAUGCUGCUGUUCCAGAGAUCAACGCCCCAAUCAUCCAGGCAUUUGCCUCUGAGAUCCCUGCUGCUGUCAUCGUCAUGCUCAUUGAACACAUCUCCAUUUCCAAGUCCUUUGGUCGAAUCAACAACUAUGUCAUUGACCCAUCGCAGGAGCUCGUUGCCAUUGGAGUUACUAAUCUGCUUGGCCCAUUCCUUGGGGGUUACCCUGCCACUGGGUCCUUCUCAAGAACUGCCAUCAAGUCCAAGGCUGGUGUUCGAACCCCGUUUGCCGGUGUAAUUACUGCCAUCGUGGUUUUGCUGGCCCUGUAUGCGCUCCCUGCAGUCUUCUACUAUAUCCCCAACGCGGCCCUUGCUGCUGUCAUUAUCCACGCCGUCGGCGACGUCAUUACACCUCCCAAAGUCAUCUUCCACUUUUGGCGAGUUUCCCCGCUGGAGGUGCCCAUCUUCCUGGCCGGUGUGCUGGUGACGGUCUUCACCACCAUCGAAAAUGGCAUUUACACUACCAUUGCCGUCUCUGCCGCCGUGCUGAUUUGGCGCCUGUUCUUGAGCCGGGGCAGAGUACUCGGCGUGGCUCGCAUUCGCACCGCGAAAGCCGACCAGGAGUUGAAGCACGCGGGAGAUUCUGCCUUUGCUGAGGAGUCAGACGAGUCACUGAGAAAGGGUUUCCUGCCCAUUGACCAUGCAGACGGGUCCAACCCCAGGGUGGUGGUUCAAAGCCCUCAUCCCGGUGUCUACAUUUACCGCUUUGCGGAAGGCUUCAACUAUCCCAACGCGACCCGGUAUCUGAACCACCUCACAGAAGUCAUCUUUGCGGAAACCCGAAGAACAGACCCCACGCUCCUGGGCAAAAUAGGGGACCGCGCCUGGAACGACAAUACACCACGUAACCAGGAUGUUGACAAGGUGGACACCCGGCCAACUCUGAAAGCAAUCAUCCUCGACUUUUCUUCCGUCAACAACAUUGACGUCACCGCCGCGCAAGCUUUGAUCGACGUGCGAAACCAGCUGGACCGUUACGCCGCCCCCGAGGCGGUCGACUGGCACUUUGCCAACAUCGAGAACCGAUGGACUAAGCGAGCGCUGGCGGCGGCAGGCUUUGGAUUCCGGUCUCCCAGGCCAGCUCACGGCUCGGGCGUCGCAAACUGGAAGACCAUCUUCAGCAUUGCCGAUUUGGGGGGAUCCGACAGCGCAGCCAAGGCGGCCGAGGCGGCCGCGAUUGGCGACAAGAAAUCCGUCCGCGAGUAUGACAUUGAACAGGCGGAAUCCGACAUCUCGCGGCUUUCAGACAAGGACGUGCCUCAAAACCCUGGCAGCGCAAGAUUGGUGGCCAUUCAAGGACUGAACCGACCGUAUUUCCAUUUUGACUUGCAAGAGGCGGUUGAGUCGGCGAUUGCCAACUCGGAGCGGAAAAGAUGA